ACUAAAGGGAAGUUAUGGCAGAAACAAAAGGUCACUGCAAUCAAACAUCUGUAAUGAACAAUUUAACGGCCAGAUUGGGACUGUCUUUUUCACACCUGAUGGAUUGUUAGCUGUCGCAGUCGUACAGGAGCUCUGCGACAGCUAUCUCUCCUCUCUCUUUCUGUCUCUGUCCCCUUCCUCUCGUGAUGUCCCACAAUGCUCAUUGAACAGCUGUCACUUUGUGUGAUUCAGCAAGACAACCCUGGACCAUAGGGGCAGAACAGCAGGCCUAGGUGCUCUAAACGGUCUGAUACAGUCUCUCAUUUACUCGGGUUAUAUCUGCAGUCCCUUCAAAUUUUCACCUUACCUCACUACUGUCAGCCAGAAUCAUGGUAUCCAGACCUGGUGAGAUACCUGCCCUAGAAUCAGGAACGCCAGAUGGCCUUCUGGGAGGCAUGUCUAUCCCCAUUGGGAUGGCUCGUCGUGCCCUCAGCUACGAUGAAAACCUGGAGGCCCCCAUGUCACCUCCGUCUGACAUCAACAUAACUAACCUAUGGAAAAGGCCUGUCAUCCCCGAGAGGAAAUUCUCACGGCUGGCAGAGGAAGACGAAUCAGAUGGUAGUGUGGCCCCCCCUCCUGCAGCUAACCCCCCUAAAUCACCAAUCCCAGUGGUGAAGGCCAAAGCUUCAUCUGUCAUCAUGAAUUCUCUCAUCAUCAAGCAAACCCAGGAGAGCAUGCAGAAGUUUGAGAAGCAGGCGGGACUGACAGACGCCGGUUACACCCCACAUAAAGGCCUGGCUGCAGAGGAGACACGGUACCACAGAAUGGCUGAGUCAAUGCAUAAACUCCAAAUGCAAGGAACAGACGUCAAAGAUGACAAGCAGCCUUCAUCUGCUCAGUCAACUCCGUCUAGCACACCUCAGUCCUCACCUAAACAGAAACGCAGGGGCUGGUUCAGUCAGGGCUCGGCAGCGUCCCUCACUGGUUCUGAGUUGAGCACCAGUACCAGCUCCAGCUCUGUGGAUUUGGGUCUGGGUGAGGGAGCAGUGGAGCGCUGGAGUGUUUUUGGACCAAGGCCCGGCGGCCACAUGUCCGUCGCUGACCCGGGCUCAGAUACCACCCAAGCAGGGGGUUUUGCUCUGCAGCCCUAUAAGGGUGCACAGAAGCCCAGCCCCAUGGAGGUGAUGAAGGCUCAGGCCACGCGUAUGGCUGAAGAUCCUGCCAACCUGAAAGCCCCUAAGAUGGAGAUUCCCACUCUGGAGGGCAAGAGACAGAUGACCAAACCCCACAAACUCAAACACCGUGACAUGAACAUACUGACACCCUCAGGCUUCUGAGUUCUUCCUUACAACCCCAUGCAAACCUGAAUUCGUAGCUGGCCUACCCUCACAUGUGUCAAGUUAAACCAAGACCCGGUUCAAAACCGCCUCCCUGCCUCUCCCUCUCAGACCUGCUCAUAUAGAUCUGAGAACACUUGCUGGGUUUAUGAAGUUUGGUUCUGCUGGUUAAGUGACUUUUUUUUUUUUUUGUCAUACAAGCUCUGCCCAUCUAGACAUUUCACUUCUAUGGAAAAGAUCUAGUUGAAGAGGCAAGGAAACUGUUUUGAUCGAGUUUGCGUGUCUCCUUAUUUAGAAGAUUCCAUUCCCACCUAUUCUAGCUCACAUUUCUCUCUGCCAGUGUUUAGUAAAAUUUCACCUUGUUCAAGUGACGUUAAAUGUGUGUUUGGAGCUCCUAUGGUGGUGCCAUAUAUAUUUUCCUUUGCGUGUGUAUGUGUAUGUGUGUGUCUCUGCCUUUGUUUCAAAUGUGUGUUUGUGUGAGUGUAUGUGACUCUUCGUAGUAACCUGUUUUCUGGAACUAUCUCGUCACAUGGUUUGUGAUAUUUCACUAUAAGGGUGAAACUCAUUAGAAGCAAAUGGCGGUAUGAUUUUUUGAAGGUUUUAUUUUCAAUAUUUUUUCUGCCAGUGCUUCGGUGCACAGCUACUAAAAUAAUUUGCUCACUGCUGUCUAACCGCUAACAACCAAUGUCUAAUUAGCUGGUAAUUACUGUAUAAGUAAAGAAAACUGUGUUUUCAAUGUGUCUGAAUUUCUCUUUAAUGAGCUCUUUGCUUUUUUUGUCAGUGUAGUUUGAGAGGAUGCAAAUAUUCCGCAGGAUGAAGGAUUUUGAUAUCGAAUGGGCACAUAAAUUUUAUUUAAUUGAUUGCUAAUUUAAUUAUUUGCAGUUCUGUCCUUCUGUUCUUUUUUUUUUUUUUUUUUGUCAAAGAAUGGUCCAAAUUUUUCAUUUGUAAGUCUCCAGAAGUUGAAUAUAGAGUUUGAUGUUCUUGGUGGACUUAAUUAAAACUGAAAUAAAACUGAAAUCCCACAACA